AUGCACAACAUCUUUCUUGGUAUCAUCAAGAACCACGGCACGAGGGCUUUUGGAAUGAAGUCCGACCCACAAUCUGCUGAAGAUCCAAGGAACGGGGAUGCUAGCGAUGUUGAAGACUCGGAGACGGAGACUGUAGCACCAGAUGUGUAUAGGAAGGAUUGCUCUGUUGACGCACCAUCAGAAAACCCAGAUACGGAACUACGAUCAUCAUCUCCCCCUCCAACUCCAGGGUAUCUAUCAGCAGAGAGCAAUGACAAAUCGUUGUUUGCAUUUGAAGAGAUGAACUUAGAAAGUGAUACUUGCUCUGCGACAGCGCCCCAGGAUUAUCAAUCAACGCAAGAGCAGACAGAAAGCUUUUUAGAAGACGACGCAUUUGAUGAAGAUCUCUCUGACUUGGAAGAUGCUUAUGAAGAUGAACUCGGUUGGAAAUUUUUUGAUGAUCCUCAGAACCUAGCUACAUUGCAAGAUAUCACAAGAAAUAUACACCUUCCUUCCUGGGUUGGACGCGUGCCUAGCACUGUAGGGACACGGAAGGGCGGGAAAUUGAAGGCAGAUGAAUGGGUCAUUCUCUUCCAGGUCAUGAUGAUUCCUGCGAUAAUUUCUGUCUUGGACAAAGACCAGGGUGCUACAGACUUCACGGAACACAACUUUGUCCGCAAUGUGCUCCAUCUUAUAAGUGUAUUGAACAUUGUUAGGAGAUUGGAACUGAAUGAGCGCGACAUUGGAUCCCUCCAAUACCAUCUGCGAAGCUAUCGAAAUGGGUAUUCCAAACUUUAUAGUUCACUUCCCGUCCUGCCUAAUCAUCACAUGGCGCUUCAUCUUCCUGAAUGUAUCCAACGGUUUGGGCCCGCGCCUUUCUGGAGUGCAUGGUCGUUUGAGAGACUUAAUGGACGGAUGGUGAACCAAAGAAAAAUGGUAAAGCAUGGCGACAUAUCCUACUCAACUUGGGAGCAUCACCAGGGGAACAGUAUUGUUAUGUAUCAGUCUAAAGAUGGGCGCCGCCCAAUGGCAUAUCGGUGGGGCCGAAUCAAUGAGAUAUUUAUCACGAAUCCGGGGUCGCAAGGCAAUCUAAAGGCGCAGCUAUGGUUCGAAGUCCUCCGAUUCUCCGAUUUGAGAACUGCUGAGAAAGCCAAGCAUGGUCUUGAUAAUUGGCCAAAUGCGAGAAUGACUGUUGUGUACACCUCCGCAAAAAAAAAGGAUCUGGUGCGGGUAGAUGAGCUUGUUGCUCAAGGGGCAGCUUGGGAUACCCCAGAAGGAUGCUUCGGAAUUAAGCAGCCAACCACACUGAUUAUAAAUUUGAGCAAGUUUAAUUGCGAGCAAACUUCCUGA